UGACGUCAUAUGAGUCAUUUCACAUGAUUUUUCGGUUCACCAAUUCUUGUCAUUUGUAUACAAAUAUAUUUUAAGCGAGACGCUGUAACGUUUUMAAUUUCGUAAGUUCCUUGAAUUGUAUGUAAUGUUUUAACGACUGUUACAUCAGUUUCAGCUUUGGGUACAUACCCUUUUAGURGAGGAACUGAAUUCACUGAACAUUAUUUCCUAUAUUUUUCGUGCUGUCUUCGGUUUGUUGAGUAUUUCAAGCCAGUUAAAUCUGCAUCGAAUGAUUCAUUAUGUCAWGCUGUUGAUUUAAGUUGAAGUAUCUUGUGUAUACUGCAAAGUUUGAUCAAGAAAAAGUUAUGGGAAAUCAGAAUGUAAAGCAAGAGGAAGCGACCAUCACACGAUCACAGAGCUUCGAGAUGGUCAAUAGUUCUGACCUAACAGAAGAUAAUGCGUUUCAAGAGGUAAAAAUAUCCAAUUCAAGUGACAACAAGAAAGCUAAAAAGCCCAAAGAAAAGAAGGGAAAUAGAAGGAGAAGCAAAGAUGARAUGGAUUUAAACACAGCCAAUUCGGAAGAAAAUGAAAUAGUUGUAAACAUACCGAAAAAGAAGAGAGACAUGACGYCUUUGAUUACAAAACAAGCCAUUGAAAUAAGGUCCCAGAAAGAAAUGAUACACCACGGRAAAAAAUAUUGUGAAAAUCUUAUUGAGGAGAAUGAGAAUGGUUUAAGAAGAUUGGAAGAAAGAGACCAGCUCAUUACAAGCAAAGAUGAGAUCAUUCAAGAUUACAGUUCAAAGAAUGAAACCUUAAAGAGCACAAAUGAAGGCAUUCAAAAUGAACUAAGAGAGAAAGAAAACCUUUUAAGGCGUAAACAAAACGAGGUAUUAUCAUUUGAGAAACAGCUUCAGGAGGCAAAUAAGACCAUAAAUCUCUUGCACACUGAGCUAGAAGACAAGAAGGCAAAGAAAAGCAAUGGCGUCCGACGAGAGAACGCGGGAAGCUUGAAGGAAAAUUCUUUGACAAAAGCAAACGAGCGUUUGAAAUCACAACUUGAUGAUAAAGAGAGUCUUAUKGCUGAAGGCAGGAGAGUUUUACAAAAUUUAAACUCGGAAAAGGAGCAGCUUCAGAGACAACUACGAGAAAGUGAACGAAAYGCAAUGGAAAAACAAUUCAAUCUGGAUAAACUGAUGCGUGAAAAAGAGAGAGAUAAAAUCAGAAUUAACCAAAAAGAAAUGGAGGCAAGUGGGAAAGGGAAAGCACUCAAUAAGAUUGAAGGAGAUUUAAGACAAGUAAGAGAAGAAUUAAAAAACAAAGACAUUGCUUUAAGCAACAAAGAACGCGAAUUAGAAAGAAGUGAGAGACUACUACGCCAGACAAAUGAAGAAAAGAGGACCUUGGAGCAGAGUUUUGAAGCGGAGCGACGCGCAGGACAAGAAACAUCCUCAAGACUACGAUCAUCUGAAGAGCAAUUAAGACGACUGCAAGCCAAUCAACAGGCWCAGGAACGAACACUUCAUAACAUUGAAGCCGAUCGAAAUCGCGAAAAACAGUCAGCGGCCAUCCUAAGAAAAGACCAACCAUGGAUGAUUGCAAAAGACGAAAUUGUACUAACUGAUCGAGUUCUCGGGACAGGGGCCUGGGGUCGUGUUUAUGAAGGAARAUUUCGAGGRACAAAAGUCGCUGUGAAAGAGCUUCACGAGAUUAUCCAAUCASCGCACAAUAAAGAAUUAUUUGAACGAGAAAUUACAUUCGUUACACUUGUACGACAUCCCUGRAUUUUGCAGUUUCUUGGCGUYGCGGGGUAUCGWUCCACAAGUCCACUGUUAGUAACCGAACUCAUGGACAUGUCUCUCUCGGACCUGCUCAGCCGAGAGAGAGUGUUAACUAGGAGUUGCGUCAUUCGACUUGGUAAAGAUACUGCUUACGGACUUAACUAUUUGCAUUGCUUUCGACCUCGUCCCAUAAUCCAUCGCGAUAUUAACCCGGGUAAUAUUAUGGUCUGGAAACACGGUGAUGUAUGGCGUGGAAAACUGUGUGAUUUUGGUUCAGCGGACUUCCUGAGUGAUAACAUGUCCGUGAAUCCUGGAAAUCCUUUUUAUUCUGCACCGGAAGUCGAYUCACCAAAGCAAACUGAUAAGGUGGAUGUAUUUAGCUAUGGAGUACUCCUUUGUGAGCUGAUUACCAGCAAACCACCUGAUCCUGAGAACAGAACAAGACAAAUAACACAAGUAUGGAAUGAAAGCCUGAAAAGACUUAUCCGUGACUGUGUCAACGAGAGCCCAACCAAUAGACCAUCGAUGUCAAGCGUCAUUGAACUAUUAACUAAAUUAUGAUACKGGUCUCAUACAAAAACAGUGSAAAAUGUAUASGUGUUUUUGGUYCUUGCUUGUGGAUGACUCGAACACCUUUMCAGGAGAGUUUCACUAUGUCAGCAGCAUAGUCAGUUUGCGCAUGCUUCUCUGUCAUUGCACGCGCGCGUGUAAUUAAAUUGUUUCAAGUCGACACUGAKGUUUUAUCUAWUUUGUCGAAAACUACAGCCUCGAACUAAAUCCAUUGUUUUGAWUUCAUCAGAGUUAACGAUUCUCRGUGCUUCCACCYUCACAAAACUCAAGUCGUUACCUAACGAUCAAUAAUUGAACUUUAAUCAAAAUAACCUCAUUUAGCUAUACAAAUGACAUUUUAUAGAUGUUAUAAAUAAUUUUUCUAUGAAUAUAUAUCUAGUUAUACAAAAAUGUCAAAAAAAUUGAAAUAUAAUUCAUAUGGAGCAUUCA